AUGGCAGAAGAACCUCAAAAGGAAAAACCUCAAAAUAACCAACACCAGCUUUCCCCUUACCUCAACCUCACAGAUCCAAAUAACGCUUACCGAGUCGAAAAUGCUGAUAGCACAGCAUUUGUUCUUGUUACAGAUCUCCUCACCACUGAUAAUUACGCUACUUGGUCUCGAGCAAUGCGUCGAGCACUUAGAGCAAAAAAUAAACUAGGUUUCAUUAGUGGGAACAUUUCUAAACCUACUAAUGAAGAUGACCCUUUGUUCGAUCUAUGGGAGAGAUGUAAUGACAUGGUGGUUUCCUGGAUUCAAAAUUCCAUAAGUAUGGAUAUCAGAUCCAGCAUAGCAUUCGUUGACAAUGCGCAAGCUGUGUGGACAGAAUUGAAGGACCGAUUUACACAAGAGAAUGGUCCUCGCAUCUUUCAGUUCAAGAGGAACUUGGCCAGGCUUCGACAAGAUAGAGACUCAGUGAGCACUUAUUUCGGUAACCUCAAAACUCUUUGGGAUGAAAUAGCCAUUUAUGACCCUAUUCCUACUUGCACUUGUGGUCAGUUGAGUAUACUGAAUGAUAGAAACCGGAGAAACCGUGUCAUACAAUUUCUUAUGGGCCUUAAUGACCAAUAUGCUAAUGCCAGUGAUCAGAUAAUGCUCAUUGAACCACUCCCCAUUGUUAACAAAGUUUUCUCCCUAAUUCAGCAACAAGAAUAA